UGUUUUGACCCAAGUGUCUGCCAUCUUUGUGUCCCAUGCAUGCAUCGCUCUUUCAAAGCGCCUGAGUGUGUCUGAUCAGAGAUGCAUGCAUUUGACGUGUACAGAGCAGGACAGCACAAAUGCAUGUCAUCAUCGGGGUUGCACUCGCGCAGCACAACACAAAGAGCGAGCUGUCAUCAACAGUGCACUUGUAAUCAAGGUUAAGACACAGCGUCCGCGUACGGCUCGUAGACUCUGAGCAAAGAUGAUGUGAAUUACAGAAUGGAUUUCCGCAUGAUAAACGAGCAGCAAGUGGAGGAUAUCACCAUCGACUUCUUCUACAAGCCGCACACAAUCACAUUACUCACGUGCACCGUGCUCAGUCUGAUGUACUUUGCAUUCACGCGAGAUGAUUUGAACCCUGAUAAUAACCUCUGGGUGGGACUGAUCCUGGUCAUCUCCUUCUUCCUGGUCAUCAGUGUCCUCGCCUUCCCCAAUGGUCCGUUCACGAGACCUCAUCCAGCAAUAUGGCGUAUCGUGUUCGGACUGAGCGUGCUGUACUUCCUCUUCCUUGUCUUCAUCAUCUUCCUGAACUGGGAGCAGGUGAAGUCACUCAUGUACUGGCUUGAUCCAAAUCUGCGUUACGCCAAAAGAGAAGCUGAUAUCAUGGAGUAUGCAGUGAACUGUCACGUGAUCACGUGGGAGCGAAUCCUCAGCCACUUUGACAUCUUCGCCUUCAGUCAUUUCUGGGGUUGGGGAAUGAAAGCUCUACUCAUCCGCAGCUACGGCCUCUGCUGGACCAUCAGCAUCACGUGGGAGCUCACGGAGUUGUUCUUCAUGCAUCUUCUUCCUAAUUUCGCCGAGUGUUGGUGGGAUCAAGUGAUCCUGGAUAUUUUAUUAUGCAACGGCGGGGGAAUUUGGCUGGGAAUGACCGUCUGCAGAUUCCUUGAGAUGCGAACGUAUCACUGGGCCAGUAUCAAAGCUAUUCACAGCACCACGGGGAAGAUCAAACGUGCCGCUUUGCAGUUCACUCCUGCCAGCUGGACAUACGUGCGCUGGUUCGAUCCAAAGUCUUCUUUCCAGAGAGUCACUGGAGUCUAUCUGUUCAUGAUCAUCUGGCAGCUGACUGAGUUAAACACGUUCUUCCUGAAGCACAUCUUUGUGUUCCCAGCAUGCCAUGCUCUCAGCUGGUGCAGGAUUCUCUUUGUUGGAAUCAUCACAGCGCCCACUGUACGACAGUAUUAUGCGUACCUCACGGAUACACAGUGCAAGCGGGUCGGGACGCAAUGCUGGGUGUUUGGGGCAAUUGCAUUUUUGGAGGCGUUGGCCUGUAUUAAAUUUGGACAGGACUUGUUUUCCAAGACGCAGAUCCUGUAUGUGAUUUCGUGGCUCCUUUGUUUGGCUUUCAUCACAUUCCUCUGUCUCUAUGUGAUGGUCUGGUAUGCUGAGAACUAUGGACCCAGAGAGAAGAGCUUCUCGGAGUGCGAAGACAGUGUUUACGCUGAGAUGGCAGCUGACAGUGUGUCUGAAUGCAAAGGGGAGUUUGAGAUGUCUAGCACAACUUCACCUUCUAGAAGGAAAGGACAGGACUCUGGAAAAGUCAAACCCAUCAACGGCAUGGAGAAAUAAGUCAUUUACGGUGCCCUCCACAGGGUGAAAGAAGAGAGAACUUUUGCACAUUUGAAUUACUCCUGUCAAUGGAGGGAACACCACAUGACUGUUUACAGAAGGUGAGAUGGUCUCAGGUUUGGUCCAGAUAUUUCAAACACCGAGCAGUCUGGAAUACCGUCUGGAAUACCAUCAGAUAAUGAGCCCGUUUUCACUGUUAACAACUACACAGCCUGGUUAACACAUUUAAUCCUGACACAGUGCUGUAUUAUAUUUGUGUUUUAGUAGCAUGUGUGGCUCAUGCGUGUUUGCUACUAACAGUACUGUGUUCAAAGUAUUUUACGUCACAGUUUGUUUUUCAACCGUGUAUUAUAUGCAACUGAUUUCAAAUUAUGUCACUAAUAUCAAAAUGUUUCUACAGGUGUUCUCAAGUGAUGUCUGAUCAUGUUGUUUCAAGUCAACAUGAAAUGAAAAUGAACUCUUGUUUACUUCCAUAUGAUGCAUGAUAUUCUAAAUCAAAAUAAAAUGUUUGCCUUUAAUCAUUUACAAGAAUUUACACAGCUCUCUGGAAUACUCUGUUCUGAUUGGUCAGUCGCACCAUUCAGUGGUCUGACAUGUCUUAAUAAUGAGCGAACAUCUCGUAUCACUCAAGUAGUCAUGUAAUAAGCAGGAUAAUGAGCAGUCAGAUGGUCAUUUUUUAAAAAUAAACACCAACAGAUAUCCAGAGGUGGAAUUCAGCUGUUUCUGGAGACUCUGCAGUCUCUUUCUUCUCACAUAAUAACAUAAUUUCCACUUGUUUAUUUAUUUGGCAAGUCGUCUUGUAAUAAGCAGGAUAAUGAGUAGUCAGAUUUUCAUUUUCACAAAAUAAACACCAACAGAAAACCAGACGCAAACCAGAGGUGGAAUUCAGCUGUUUCUGGAGACUCUGCAGUCUCUUUCUUCUUGCAGAAUAACAUAAUUUCAACUCGAAUCAGUAAAUCAUUUCCAUUUCAAUAUUUAUUUGGUAAAUAUCCAUGUAACAAGUGGUAAAAUGUACAGUCAGACGGCCAUUAUCGCAAAAUGUGUCAGCCAGUCUGUAUUAUUUUAGUUUGCAAUAAUGCCUGGCUGAUUGUUCAUUAUCUGUUAUGUAAUAACUGAAAUUGCACUGCACUGGUUAAACAUCUACUAUAAUAGGGCUAAACAUUUAGGAUUUAUUCGUUGCCUGCAAGCAGUUUCAUUUUGUCCGAAUACACGGCUACUUUUGAAUGGUCGUCCAGUGCAUUUUGCGCCCAUAAUGGCAUAGUUACGGCACCUGACUAGUUCAUACUAACCAGCUAAAACCUUAUGCUUCGAUUACGGAAGUGAAAUGGGUUGUGAACGUCAUUUGAUGUUGACUUUAAACUACGGAGCCCCUUUGGGGACAGGGAGGGAAUUUAAGUUUUGCAUUCCCUCAUAAUUAUUAUGGGUUCCCUCGCAAUAGCUUUCUCCAUCUCUUACUAAAAUUAGCCAUAGAGUGCGUUAACAUGCACGUUCUUACACCAAUUAUGUCAGAUGGUUUCUCCUCACACUGUCAGCGCAUGUAAUACAAUGAGUACCGGAAUGAGACUUCAAUUUACAGGUGAUUGUACAAUAUUAAACUGUAUGUAAUGCUGAAUAUAAUGUACAAUAUUCCUAAGAGUCCUUAUAUUUGGUAGUCCUAAUAUUGCCAAAUGUAAUGAUUUCACCAGUAAAUUUAUACAAUGGCAAACAUUACUGGAUAAGCUUGCACGUAUUUUUGAAAAGAAUAGUUUAGACAAAUGUAAUCAGUGACAAUGCUAUUUUAAAACCUACAGUAUUAAUUUAAAAUACUUAAAAUGUAAAUAUUCAGUGCCAGUGUACAAGUAUCUAACAUAUGCAUCUAAUAUAAUUGCAUUUUUCAGCUGUGCAGAAUUAUUAAUAUUCCUAUUCUGGUGUCAGCAUUGCCCUCUGCUAGGUGGAUCAUUGAUGGAUCAUUUUACUCUUUAAUGAACAGUACUUUCUGUUAAGUUUAACAAUUAAUGAAAGGAACUGUUUUGCAUAUGUCCUGAAAUUAAUAAUAAUAAUUAAAUUAAAAUUUUUCAUGAUUCAGGCUUUGUUCAAAGUUUCAUGUGUAUAGAAUAGUGAAUUUAGUAUUGUAAAUCGAACCAAAUCCUUACGCAUUUUAUCAUUUCAGUUUUUUAUUAUAUCAUAUUUGAAUAAAAUACAGGGGGAAAAAAAACCCAGUUUUUUUAUUCGAUUAAUCGAAGAAAUAAUCGAAGAUUAAUCGUCGAAAUAAUCGAAGAUUAAUCGAUUUUCAAAAUAAUCGUUAGUUGCAGCCCUAAAUAGGGCUUGUUGUUUUACUACAGUAACCAAAUUUCAACCAUAAUAUUUAUGGUAAAACCAUGGAAAAACCAAAACUAGCCAAAAAACAUGGUUGCUACAGUUUGAAUUAAGUAACACAAUGGUUAGUUUGUUACAAGUGCCACGGUUUUUAAAAACCAUGGUUUCCAGCCAGAAAAAAAUAAAAUUCUUACAGAAAUUAUCCAUGGUUUCACUAGAGUAAAAUUGCAGUAACAAUAACUGUAGUAACCUUUUUCCCCCCAAAAAUUAACCAUGGUGUUUUUUGUGGGGCAGAAGGAUUGAUUUUUAUUACCAUUGCUUUGGUUUUCCUAUUAUUAAUAUGGUUUUACUACAAAAGUCACGGUUAAAAUAUGGUUUCUGUUGUAACACCAUGGGAAAUUUGUGGUUACUAUGGUUUUACCACAAAUACCAUUGUUUUACCAUGGUUACUAUAGUAAAACCAUGGUUAAUUUUUGUAGGGUAUGGAUAAAGCUGUUGCGAGGGAACAUAAAACUAUUUCAGAAAAUAAAUUCCCUCCCUUUCCUCUAAAGGGGCUCUGAAUUGAACAUUUAUAAAUAGAAAGGCCGAUUGUUCCUGUGUAUAUUAUCCAGACUGAAGCUGUUCAUGACUUUAGUUGAAUGUUACCAGGUUAAGCUGCUGUGGAAGGAUUUGAAUGAAAGUGAGGUAUUGUCCUAGAUUUCAGAGAAGCACAUGAUUCUGAGCUCUUUUUAGACUGGUAGUGGCUCCACUCAUGUUGUACUUGAAACAGGAUGUUUUAAUGUGUGAGAUUUUUAUUUUUAGUGAAUUCAUAGUUUAUGCCUCAAGUGAUUAUUCAACAGCUGCUGUCAUUUUUACUGAACGGACUGGAGAGGGGAUCAGUUCUGCAUGUCUGUGAAAAUAUCAUCUACGUGGCAUCUUGCAAGAGAAGUUUUAUCGAUAUCACCUCUGAUGUGAGUUUGUGUGUGUAAUGUUUGAAAUGUUCCUGGUCUCACCACGCACCUUUAAACCAGUAUUUAAGCCUUUUAGACAAAGAUGUAUCCGUUUAAUACAGAACAAAUGUGUGCCUGCAUGCAUGUUUCUUUUUUUUUUUUUUUUUUACGAACUAAACUGUUACGUUUAUUGCUUUGAUUUUGUGUGUGCAUUUGUGUGAUUUUUUUUUUUUUUUUUUUUUUUCAGUUCAAUGGGGCCCAGAAUUAUUUGGACACUUAAGUCACUCUUAAAAAUGUAUGAAUGUCUUUGUAUGAAUUCAGUGCAACAAGUGUAGUUCAGCACAUUAUCUAUCAACAUGUUCCACUAACGUUUAACAAACACAAUACUUUUUAUCUUCAUUUCAAUGCUGUAUCUAUAGUUUUAUCAUUUCAAACCUAACAAAUGUCUUUUUGUGAAAUGUUUAGAUUAAAAGUGCGCUUGUGCCACUGUUCUUUAAAAAUAAAUGGAACUUGCUUUCAUAUUUUUUGUUAUCUAUUGCAAUGACAGCCAGACAUUUUAAAGUGUGCCUUAAGUGAAUUUCUUUUUGUGGACACUGUAUAUGUGAUACAGACUAAUACAAUUUAAUUCUAGCAGUUAAGAUGUACAAAUAGCUACCACACCUGGAUUCGCGAGUUCCAAUCCAGGGCGUGCUGAGUGACUCCAGCCAGGUCUCCUAAGCAACCAAAUUGGCCCGGCUGCUAGGGAAGGUAGAGUCACAUGGGGUAACCUUCUCGUGGUCGCUAUAAUGUGGUUCUCGCUCUCAGUGGGGCGUGUGGUGAGUUGUGUGUGGAUGCUGUGGAGAAUAGCGUGAAGCCUCCACACGCGCUAUGUCUGCGUGGUAACGCGCUCAACAAGCCACGUGAUAAGAUGCACGGAUUGACGGUCUCAGACGCGGAGGCAACUGAGAUUCGUCCUCCGCCACCCGGAUUGAGGCCAGUCACUACGCCACCACGAGGACUUAGAGCGCAUUGGGAAUUGGGCAUUCCAAAUAAAAAAAUAAAAAUAAAAGAUGUACAAAUAGACGCUGAAAUGAAAUUUUUUGAGUCGCAGAGGCAAAAUUAUUUUGCCAAUGUCUAGAAUCUCAAAAUAUCGGCUGAUUUAUCGGUUGAUUACUUGUGUUCACAAUACAGUGUCCUGCAAUUUCCAAGCAUUCCGAGGAUAUGCUUUUCGUCAGGUCUGUAUUAAUGAUGAUCUGCUCACCUCAUGUUGUGUUUUGGAAGUAAUGCUACAAAUCCAUUGGACAAAACACUUUGUAAGAGAUUAUGUUUUUAUGUUUUAUGUGUUAUUUGUGUGUGUGUUUCUCUGUACAGCUGCUGUUAAACAUUACAUGCCUGUCUCUAUUCUGAUUUGUACAUUUCCCAUAAAUUGUAAAGUAAUCAGUGUUUGUCUUUUCAGUAAUUAAUACUUUUAGUUUUCAAUAAAGAAUGGCACAAUGUGACUGCAAAGAA